GCCCUUUCGCUUUCUCUAUCCAAUCUAGAUAACCACCCUACAUUCCUCUCCUUUUGUUUCUGUAACUAAAUUCUUCUCCCGAUAUAAUAUAUUAUACGCACAAAUCUUAUAAAAAUUUACCAAUUUUCAGAUAUUAAUUACGUAUUCUAUAUUCGGAAAAGCCCUUUUUUUCCCUCUGUGGUGUCUCCUUCAUUGUCACUUUACAGGUCCUCCACAACAAAUUAUAUUUUACUCCGUUUCUGUAUUCAACGGUCUACUAAUUAAGGUGAAAAAGUUUACCAGAGAAGAGAAGAUUAAACACAAGUUGGAAAAAUGAAGAAGUGCAUGAUGAUGUGCUGUGGUGCUUCGGUGAAAUCCCAAGUUGAAGAUAUGGAGACAAGCUCAUACGAGGACGCCAUUGCUGCUUUACAGAACCUUCUCAGUGAAAAGAGUGGUCUUGGGGGAAUUGCCGCCGCUAAGAUCAAGCAAUUAACCGCUGAUUUGGAAGCUGAGUUUAACCCGGUUGAGAAGAUUAAGACCGGGUUCACACAUUUCAAGACUGAGAAAUAUGAGAAGAAUCCUGAGCUGUUUGGUGAGCUUGCCAAAGGGCAGAGCCCCAAGUUUUUGGUCUUUGCCUGCUCAGACUCUCGAGUUUGCCCAUCUCAUAUCCUCAAUUUUCAGCCAGGAGAAGCUUUUAUAGUCCGAAACAUUGCAAACAUGGUCCCUCCAUUUGACAAGACAAAAUACUCUGGAGCAGGGGCGGCCAUCGAAUAUGCAGUACUUCAUUUGAAGGUGGAGAAUAUUUUAGUUAUUGGACAUAGCUGUUGUGGUGGAAUUAAGGGUCUUAUGUCUCUUGCUGAUGAUGGGACCACUGCCAGCGAUUUCAUCGAGGACUGGGUGAAAAUAUGCGCACCUGCCAAGGCGAAGGUGAAAGCAGAAAUGGAUCAUCUGGCCCUUGCAGAUCAGCACACAAAUUUGGAGAAAGAGGCUGUGAAUGUAUCCCUGGCGAACUUACUAUCAUAUCCAUUUGUUAGAGAAGCUGUGGCGAAGAACACUCUAUCGCUGAAAGGAGGACACUAUGAUUUUGUUCAGGGGUCUUUCGAGCUCUGGAAUCUUGAUUUUAGCCUUACAUCGUCGAUCACUAUCUGAGCACUUUUAGUUCUUUUGUGAAAAUUUUCUUUACUGGUCAUGUUAUACAAAAAUAAGGUCAGACGUUUUGUUUCAUCGGAAUUAUGUGAUACUUUUGCCCUUGGAAUAUAUAAGAUCUGGUAUAUUGGCAGCA